CAUGGAGACUGAAUCAUUAAAUCGGAAAAAUUCUUCGCGAAAGAGUUCUGUGGUAAAUGGAAAUGGUGAGGCUGCGGCAAAAGUCGAGGCCGAUGGAGGCGGUGAAGUAACGCUAAAGGCGAAAAUGAGUUUGAUCAAUGGCUGUACGGUUAUUGUUGGGUCCAUCAUUGGUUCGGGUAUUUUUGUAUCACCCACCGGUGUGCUGAUGUACACGGGCAGUGUGAAUUUGGCUUUAAUUGUUUGGGUGGUAUCCGGUAUAUUUUCAAUGGUCGGUGCCUAUUGCUAUGCGGAAUUGGGUACAAUGAUUACAAAGUCCGGUGCUGAUUAUGCCUAUAUUAUGGAAACAUUUGGUCCAUUUAUGGCCUUCAUACGUCUGUGGAUUGAAUGUAUGAUAGUGCGGCCGUGUUCGCAGGCAAUUGUCGCGCUCACAUUCAGUGUUUACGUGCUGAAACCAUUCUUUCCCGAAUGUACACCACCCGAAGAUGCAGCCAGGCUAUUGGCUGUAUGUUGUAUAUUAAUCCUGACAUUUGUUAACUGUUGGGACGUCAAAUGGGCAACCGCUGUGCAGGACAUAUUCACAUACGCCAAACUGUUGGCCUUGUUUAUCAUCAUUGCAUCGGGCAUGUAUCAACUUUACUUGGGCAAUACCGAAUAUUUCACAUUUGAAAAUACCGAUACAAAAGUCACAUCGCUGGCCCUAUCAUUUUACUCGGGAUUAUUUGCCUACAAUGGAUGGAAUUAUCUUAAUUUCAUUAUUGAAGAAUUGAAGGACCCUGUUAAGAAUCUACCCCGCGCCAUUGCCAUUUCAUGUAUAUUGGUUACCCUCGUCUAUGUUUUGGCCAAUGUUUCAUUCUACACAAUUUUGUCACCCGAUGAGGUGUUAGGAUCUCAGGCUGUUGCCGUAACCUAUGCCGAAAGAGCUUUUGGUGUUAUUGCAUGGACCAUACCAGUAUUUGUGGCUCUUUCAACAUUCGGUGCUGUAAAUGGCAUUCUGCUAACUUCAUCACGUCUCUUCUAUGCCGGUGCCAAUGAGGGUCAAAUGCCUGAAAUUCUAACUAUGAUUCAAAUACAAAGAUUUACACCCACACCAGCUGUUUUGGCCAUGGCUUUGUUGUCGAUGUUAUAUUUGACAGUAUCGGAUAUUUUCGCUCUAAUCAAUUAUGUUGGUUUUGCCACGUGGUUAAGUAUUGGUGUUGCCGUCUUGUGCUUGCCCUGGUUACGUUGGGCCCAACCCAAUUUACCCCGCCCAAUUCGUGUACCCUUGAUCUUCCCCAUUGUCUAUUUGUUGGCCACAAUUUUCGUUACCGUCGUACCCAUGUAUGCCAGUCCUGUUGAAACCGGCUAUGGCAUUUUGAUGAUCAUGUCCAGUAUACCCGUGUAUUUGGUAUUUAUUGCGUGGAAAAAUAAACCAAUGUGGUUCCAAAAGACUAUGGGUGGAUUUACUCAAGCAUUACAGAAAAUGAUGAUGGUUGUUCGACCAAAAAGUUCCUCAAAGUAAGUCUUACCAGGUUUCUGCAGAAAAUUCUCAUGGUCCUUGGAAAGACUAAACCAGCUCAGGUGUAAAACAAAAUAACAGAAUUUGGCAAAUGAAAACAUGA